GACCUCGGCGCCACCUAUAUAAUAGAUCUAUUAGCUAUUUAGUUCUAAUAAUAGUAUUCCGCAGCUAUUAAACUGCACGGUUGGUAUUUUACAUCUCUUCUAACCCCAGUAUGUCAUGCCGUCAUCUCUCAAACCGAUGUCGUGAUGAACGACUAACUUAUCUAAUCCGCCUCGGGCCCGAUUCAUGGCCCGCCCGAAGCCUAGACAUGCAGUAUCACGUCGGGGUUACAGGGAUCGACUUUAGCUCUUUUGGGGUAACUCGGCCGGUAAACGGCGAGAGUGGCAUGUUCGUAGAAAAGCUUCAGCUCCGGUGCGGAUCCUGGUAACUACUACAUAUCUUGAGUAAGAACCAGCGUACCGGUAACCACUCUUCGAUUUUUGAAAGUAUUUAAGAACACAAUUCGAAGCUAUUAAUCAACAUGCCAUCUGAUCCUCUGUAUCCGGCGUAUCUUCCAACCAGGCCAGAUGGGUACACGCCCACCUUGGAUAUCCCCGAAUUCGAGGCGGAUGAACCAGGACGUCGCGCGGACCCCUUAAAACCGACGAUUUUCAAAACGGGCGCGAAGAUAACAAAAAUUGCGCCGAGGAUUGGGGCGGAAAUCACCGGCGUUCAGCUCAGCGAGUUCUCUCCGGCGGGGUUGGACGAAGUAGCUCUGCUGGCAGCCGAAAGAGGGGUCCUAGUUUUUAGAGAUCAAAACUUUGCGGAUAUUGGAUUUGAUAAACAACGGGAGAUUGUCAAGUACUAUGGUCCCUUGCAUAAGCAUCCCACGAUGGGCUACCCUACAGGAACAGGUCCGGAGUUCCACGUGGUAUAUGCGGAUGAGACUGCUGGUAAUCUCAGAACGCUUCUAGGUCCUCAUACGACGUACGACUUAUGGCAUGUCGACCAAACAUUUACGCCCAACGUGCCGUCAACUACCUUUUUCUGGGUUCUUGAAAUCCCCGAGUCUGGUGGCGGUGACACGGCCUUCACAUCUCUGACGGCUGCAUAUGAAGCUCUGUCGCCCACGUUUAGACAGCUCCUCGGAGGGUUAAGCCUCUUUCACACGUCGGCUUCGGUCGGAGAAGUUGCUCGCGUCGGGAUGGAGCGUGCCUUGAAGGAGGCCGUUAACACAACCCACCCCUUGGUUAUCAGACAUCCCGUCACGGGAAAACCGUCGCUAUUCGUAAAUCCUACGAUCGCCCGUAAGAUCGAGGGGCUCUUACCAGAAGAGUCGGAUAAUCUCCUCCAAUUCCUACACGAGCACAUCAGAAGUCUCGAUUUUAGCUGUAGGGUGAAAUGGGAAAAGGGCACGGUUGUGGUUUGGGACCAAAGGACUGCGGCGCAUAGCGCGGUGCCCGACUUUGCGGACGGAGAGAGGCGGCAUAUGGUGCGGAUGAUACCUUACGGUUCUAAGCCCCAGCCGGCGUUCCCAGAAGAGUUCAAGGCUUCCAAAGGGAAGAUAUAGGGUUAAGUUUAGAUAAGGGAAUAAAUACCUAGGUACCUAGGAAAUAUGUUUAAGGUAGGUACUAGGUUAGGUACCUAUCUACCAUUGAGUGUUUUGUGUACCUCGUGAGGUACUUCGUGUACUUCGUGUGUAAACGGACCUCAAACGCAUCAAAUAAAAAAUGGCAUUGCAUAAGGUACGUACUAAGAGACCUGGAUUUAGUGUUACACUCAUCGUAAGUCACAUCAUUAUACCUAGGUGCUUAAUCGAGA